UAAGUAAAAAAACUAGACGUCUUACUCGAUAAUAAAUUUCUAGCGUAGCGGGUUUACAAAAUAAUUCCACGUCUAUAGAUUAUUGAUCAUGUUCUUCCCCCCAUAACUAACGUGUUGUACUAAUUGCAAUUCGCGCCGAACAGGCAAGCAUGUUAGCCACGGAUGGUUGUAAUGGCGUCACUGUUAAGCCUACAAAUUUGACGGGGGGAAUACAAAUCUGAUAAAGAAAAAACAAUACCGACAUAUACAGAUAAUAUUUUAUUAUAUUUAUAAUGAUAUAUUUACUGUAACCGGAUAUACGUAGCAACAUUUCCGUAGUAUUUUCCAAAAAUAAAGUAUUACCUUGUUCAUUGAGUACUAAACAUAUCUGUAUGAUUUUGAGUUGGUCGUGUCAAAAAUAAAAUUGCAUUAAAAAAAAACAUGUUUUUUGUUGUUGUAGAAGUGCCCUAAACAUGGAAGGGGACCCUCUGUCUGCUCUGUGCACACCUGCCCUGGUGGUGGAUUUAAAGAAAGUGAAGAAAAAUGCCCAUGAGAUGAUUGAACGCUGUCAGAAGCUAGGAGUGCAGCUUCGGCCACACAUGAAAACUCACAAAACCCUUGAAUGUGCUGACAUAAUGACAGGUGGAUCACGAAGGUGCAUUGUCGUGUCCACACUUGCGGAGGCCACUUUCUACGCUGACCAUGGAUAUGAUGACAUCCUUUAUGCAUACUCUAUUCCGUUUGACAAGGUGGAGAAAUGUGCGUCCCUUUCUGAGAGGCUCGACCUUUUUCAAGUUUUGCUGGAUCAUCCUGACGCUCUGGAGCAGCUCAAAAAGAGACCGCUGAGAGACGGUCGACAGUGGAACGUCUGGCUGAAACUAGACUGCGGCAAUGGGAGAGCCGGCGUGCUGCACUCCGAUGAUGGAGCACUGCGUCUGGCCAAGGCCAUGGCAGAAGCACGGGGGGUGGAGCUGAAAGGAGUGUACGCUCACUGUGGAAACACGUACGGCUGCAGAGGGGUGACGGAAAUACAAGAGGUGGCUCAGGAAACUACACGUUUGACUCUGCAGUUCAUGGAAAAACUAAAACUUGCUGGCAUCACCUGUAAGUCCAGCAUUGGCUCCACCCCAUCCUGCAGUCACCCAGUCAAAGACAUGGAAAAGCUCAGUGAAGUUCAUCCCGGAAACUAUGUCUUUUACGAUGUGCAGCAGUCUACAAUAGGUUCAUGCACCCUAAAGGAUGUGGCCGUGAAGGUUUUGACGCGGAUCAUUGGCCAUUCUCCUCACAGGAACCAGUUCCUCGUCGACUGUGGAUGGAGCGCACUCAGCCUAGAUGGUGCUGGAAAACUUCCCACUGGAUAUGCCGUGAUUGAAGGCCACCCGAAUCUCAAGUUGUUGUCUAUGACCCAGGAGCAUGGUAGAGUAGAGCCCAUCUCUGGACAGCUGGACUAUGACAAAUACCCACUGGGCACUCUGCUCACACUGAUCCCUUACCAUGCUUGCGCAACGGCAGCAAUGCAUCCCAUCUACCAUGUGCACUCAGAGGGCAGUCUGGUGGGAGGGUGGACACCCACUCGUGGGUGGUGAACAACUCUUUAAUCAGUUAAUUUUCUGAUGAUUUACAGAUUCGAUUCACCGUAUUUUUAGGACUAUAAAUUUGCUCCAGGGUAUAAGUCGCAUCAGUGCCCUCUAGUGGCUGUCAGUGUGAAAUAAACGAACGUGUCAAUUUUCAGUUGUACAAGAGUAGCAGAUAUUGGUACAAAAGCCUAGAGUGCCCUCUAGCGGCUGUCAGUCUGAAAAUAACAAACGUGAAAUUUUAUAUUUUAAUAUAGAAGUCACACCAGAGUAUACUGUGAAUUGCAAACCCAGCCAAAAGAUGAAAAAAAAGUAUGUUUUUAUCUAGUGAAUCAGUAUUUAAAUUUUUAGCCUGUCACUGUCGUUAAUUUUUCCAUGCCAACGCCCCCCGCGGCAUUAGUGUCUGGGCAGGCAUCUGGACCCCCUUUGCGAACACAGAGACAAUGCUAGAAAAUAUGUAAAGUCGCAUUAACUUUGAGAAUGUAUUUUCUUUUCAUUAUUUGAUGAUCUUUUUAUUUGUUUAGCUUCAGAAAAUGAUUAUGUGCCAGCUAGCUACACGCUAGGUUGAGGAGCAGAGCAGCUUGAUAACGGAUGCAACGCGCCACGUCUGCACAGAUUAUGACGAUGUCAUGGUAAUGUUGCAGCAGUCACACCAGGUGCUUUUAGGUACCAUCGGAAUCUUGAGAAUCUGACCAUUCCAAAAAUCAAAAAAAAAAGUUCCUUUAGUUGGAUACGUGCUUCCUCUGGGAAAUGAACCCAGGACUUUCUGCUUGCAAGACAGGUGUGCUAUCUACUACACUAUGAAACCACUGUUAUGCUAAGUUAAUGUACUGUACGAUUCAGAACAAAUUGUUAUAAAUAAAUAAAA